CCUGAGCCGGACGCACGCGUAUUGUUUUCUUUAAUUUGUUACAUUUACAGUCUUGUUUUCCUUCAAUAACGCUACCUAACUGAUCUGACCGGUGCCUGUGUGGUCAUUUUAUUCAGCAGUGCGUCGCAUCGAUAAUCUUUUUUAUUUUUUUGCUUAUUAUUGUUAUUAUUUUUCCUCCCAGCAUCAGUCGUCAAGCGUUUAUCUGGUUGUUUUUAUCAUGUUUUAGUAAUUUACACGCGCAGUCAGUGAUAUUAAUAGUUUAUUCGACGUAGUUAUUCGUAAAAAACGCUGCCACUUUCACUCCACUGAGUCUUGAACAGCCGUCGUUCAUGCCAGAUCUGCAGCGCUUCAGCUUCCCGUGUAGUAUGAACCCGUUGCUGGGCCACAGUUUACCUGCAGCUCAUCCGCAUGCGCAGAGCUCAGAGAUGCCCAGCCAUCCGGACUCGCCCUCCACUGUGCUCCCGGACGCUCUUCUGACGGCUCCGCACUCCAGCGUGCUUCACCUCGGUGAACAGCCCGGUCUGAUCGCGGAUGGUGUUUUACAGAGUGGGUUAGUUUAUCUGCCCGUCGGUCCUCCUGUGCACCGGGCCGUGCCGCCUCCGCCUGCAGCCAUGGCUUUACGCAACGACCUGGGCUCCAACAUCAGCGUCCUGAAGACCCUGAAUCUGCGCUUCCGCUGCUUUCUGGCGAAAGUGCAUGAGCUCGAGAGGCGAAACAAAAUCUUGGAGAAACAGCUGCAGCAGGUGCUGGAAAGCAAUGAGCUCGCUUGCGCCGAGAGCAAAGACACUGGGGUGCAGACGGGCUUCAUUCCCCUGCAGGCUCAAAACACGAAUAAUUCCGCCAAGAGACCGACUACUUUAUUCACACCUCCCCUUACGACCGUGCUUAAACUCGAGCCUGAUGACAAGACUCGGGCUUUGGGUUAUGAUCCAGGCUCCAACUCGGCCGUCGCGCCGAACAAAGCAGCCGCAGCCAACACCAAUAACUCCAAUAACGCACCCAAUCUGAACGCUGCUGCAGCCAGAACCGGCCCGAAUCCGCCCAACCGCUUUCUGCCCGGUACUAUCUGGUCGUAUAAUCCCACCCGGAAGUGGCCUGCGAGCUCAGAACCGCGGGUGAUCACCAGCCCCGGAGUGUCAUGGGUUCACCCGGACGGAGUCGGAGUGCAGAUCGACACCAUCACCCCGGAAAUCAGAGCCCUCUAUAACGUGUUGGCCAAAGUAAAACGGGAGAGAGACGAGUACAAACACAGAUGGGAAGAGGAAUACACCAUGAGAGUGGAACUUCAGCAGAAGGUCACAGAUUUACAGGAGGAACUGCAGGAGAAUGAGGUGUGUCAGGAUGAGCUGGCCCUGAGGGUGGAGCAGUUGAAGGCAGAGCUUGUCCUCUUCAAGGGUCUGAUGAGCAAUAACCUGAGUGACUUGGACAGUAAGAUCCAGGAGAAAGCGAUGAAGGUGGAUAUGGAUAUCUGCAGGCGCAUCGAUAUCACAGCUCGUCUCUGUGACCUGGCACAACAGAGGAACUGUGAGGACCCCAUUAAAAGCUUCCAGGUUGCCAGUCCGCAGUCGUCCACUAGCUGUCGUCCACGGAAACAGACAAUCCAUCUUGCUUAUGGCAGUGAGACCGAUGAGCCGACCAGCACCUCAGAAAGUGAAGGAGGUGGAGUAAAAGAGGAGAAUGUAGGCACCACCUCAGCUACUCAGAUCAAUGAAGAGAUGCAGAGGAUGUUGUGUCAGUUGCGUGAAUGUGAGUUUGAUGACGACUGUGACUCUUUGGCAUGGGAGGAGACUGAGGAGACCCUGCUGCUUUGGGAGGAUUUCCCAGGAUGCACUCUGGCCAGUGACCCCAGCCAUGGUGAGCAGGAAGAGUGUCUUGAGAAAGUGAUCAAAGAUACAGAGUGCCUAUUUAAGUCUCGGGAGAAGGAGUAUCAGGAGACCAUUGACCAGAUCGAGUUUGAGCUGGCCACUGCAAAGUCUGACAUGAACAGGCACUUGCAUGAAUACAUGGAAAUGUGCAGUAUGAAAAGAGGACUGGAUGUUCAGAUGGAAACAUGCAGGAGACUCAUUACCCAGACUGGAGAGAGUCAUUCUCCAUGUCCUGGCCCUGGUGGAGGCGUAGAAGCAAACGAUGGGACAGGAACAGAGAAGACGAUAGAAGAAGGAAGAUAAUAAUGAACAUCUUGAUAAAGAAAAAAGAACAAGAGUUGUGAAGCGUCUCUUGGCUCACUGUUAAACCUAAGCCAUAUUUAGCCCACAGGUACUGGUGCGACGCUGCAAAACUCAUGCUUUUCCCAAUGAAUAGACUACUUAGACCACUAUUUAUUUAAAAAAAAAAAUCAGGGGCUAUUUGAAAUCAAUAUUACCUCAUAAGAGUCACAUGAAUUUGUUUUUAGAGUAUGUGACUGACAUUUACUAACCUCUGAUGAUAGUAAUUGAUUGAUAGACCUGACAAUUUCAAGAACCUAUUUCACUGAUCACUGUAUACAGUAGUUGCAGACAUUUAUUAGGUAUUUAAAUGGAAAAUGUUUCAAGUAAUAUAAUUCUUGUCGUUAUAGGACAGUUAUCUCGCAACAGUAUCUGUGAGUUCAGGAUCUAGCCUGGGAAUUUUUUGCUGUCUAUACAGCUUGCCUCAUAUAUACCUCAUCUGUAAAAUACUUCAUUCUGUUUGCCAUAAUCGGAAAUGUACACAAAUAGUCCUGCUGACAUCCAUAUGAUUACAUGAGCUCUAUUUUGUGCACUGUGGUUGUGAAGUAACUUUGCAGAUGUGAUUACUAAAGUUCACCAUCAUUCAUCAUUGUCCACUCAUGUUCCAUUUUUUGAACUGAAAAACUAACCUAUGGUCAUGUGCUAAUGAGAACAUUUUUGUCACUGAUACAGUCUGACCUGCUUUGGACUGUUAGGUAAUCUUGAAAGAAAGUAAUUUAUAUUCUUGCAGUCAGCUUUGAAAUGUACAUAAUAGUUUAUCUCAGCUCUGAGGACAUCAACUCAGACAAAAAGCUUUACCGAAGACCAUUUCUUCCUUCCACAAUACACAUUAAGGCUGGUCAAUCAAAUCAAGCAUUUUCAACACCAGCAAAGUGACUUAUACCUCAUCUGUCUACAGGCCAUUCAAGGAAAAAAUGACUAAAUCUUAGUAAAUGAAUUGGGAAAAAGUGAAUUGGAAUAAAUGCUGUACCCAAACUGAUCUCAGAACAGUUCUAAAACUAUUGAACUACUGCAUUAUUGCGGCUUCCUAAAAUUUACCCAGAAUACCAGGCAUUACGUAGUUUAAAAGAUAGCCACAGGUUUCCAUAUUAAGCUAUUCUCAUAUGCUAGCUAUGACUCAUAAUGUUUAAAUUGACAUAUUACGUCCUGCUAAAGGAAAUUAACUUCGACAUGAUGUGUGUGGGUGUGUGCAUGUUUUGUACUGGAGACUCCUGCACUAAUAUGGAUAUGAAACUGCAUCUGAGUUUGUAGAACUAAAAUGCAGAUAGGGAUAUGGCAUGAUUGAUUUAGUUUCACAUGUUCCCACUGAAAUAAGGACACCAGUAGGGCUAUAAAUAUUUCAGUGCUACUCACAGAUGCUCUGGAACAAGAAAAGGCUGGAUUGUAGGGCGGGGGCGGGGGGGAUGGAGGAAAGCUGAGGCAUCGUAGAGAAAAAAACAUGCACGACUGUGGUUCUUAAUGUAGUUGGAAUAACAAAUGUGCCAAAUGUGAAGUGAGCAUCAGGCAAAAGACUUUCAGCAGUACAGAAAGUCAGGACUCAAUGCUUCCGUACAUGGUGCUGAUCCCCGUCUUGUAAAUAUCGCUUUACUAAGGCAAAGACUAAAAAUCUGUCAUAUCUGUAUGUAAGCUAUAUGAGUACUGUGCAAUAAGAAAAGUGUGAAUGGCUCUUAAUGUAUUGUAACUGAAACACAGUAAGUUUAAAGCACAUUCAGAUGUGCUUUGUCUCCAAAACAUGUUUUUGCCCAUUUUUAGCUUCUGUCCUCUUAUCUGGUUCUGUUUUCACUUUUGUUUUAAGUAAUCACUUUCUUUUAAAAGCAAAUUCAUGCAUUCUCUGUUCUUGUCCUCUUAAAAGGUUUUUAGUGUAUAAAGAAGUCCUAAUUUGAGUAAAGGUUUCAGAUAUCUCCUUAGUAUGGCUUUACAGAAAUCUGGCUUGCAGUCUUGUGCUUUUUAGUUGAAUAGUAUGACUCUCAUUUUGUUUGAAAACUCCCCUCUGUUCUUUGUAUAAUUUAUUUGUUGCUUCACAUUGUUCUCUCUCUCUCUCUCUCUCUCUCUGUGUUCAUGUUCUGAUUUGCUCUUUUGUGUGAAUAGAUUCUUCAUCAGGAACUUACUUGUUUACUGAAAAAGAAAUCCAUUUUGUCUGUUGUAAAUGUGAAAGUUGUGUUUAAUCCUAUUAGUAUGGAAUCUAAACCAGCUUUCGAAGUAUUAAGUACUUCUCAGAAACAAGAACUAAUUUCCUGAGGGUGUGUUCACCAAGGUUUAAACAUGCAAGAGAGAAAUCAAACAAAAGCAAAGGAGAAAAAAAACGCUCAUUGAAAAUGCCGAUAUGACUGCUAUUAUGUUGUAACCUAGAGGAAAUCAGUAAGGAUAUUUAGUAUAAAACCAAUGACAAUUCAUGUGAAUCCACUAUCCCUGUCAGAAGAAUGUCUGCCUCCUCUCACUUUAAUAUAGUUGUAGCAAAAGCUAUUUGUUGAAGUAUUUGGCUGUAGUAUCCAGAAUGAAAGAAGAAUCCACACUUAUCUGUGUUGCAGAUUAGAAACUAAUUAAUCAAUUCCUGACUACGAUAUUAAAAGGGAGGGCCAAAGGUAAGAGGUGUUGGAUAACCAAACAACACUGCAACAUUUUGUAAAUAAAUAAAUAAAUAAUCAAUCAAUCGAUCGAUCAAUCUUUUGACAGGGUGGAUGGACUCAUUAACAUGUAUGUAUCUCAAGGCCAAACAUGAGUUGUCUGCUUUAAAGAGUGCUAAAAGACUGGAGCUUUAUAAUGACUUGACGAAUAAAGAUAAUGAUAACCAGA